CUCAGCCUGCGCAGUCCACCGUCAGCAGCGCCACUGGCUGCAGGGAUAUCCCGAUGAGAGGGGACACUGUUCGGGGUGAAGAAUUCAGACAAGAAGCAGCCUCAGAGUCAUCCGUCAUGAGGUGAAGCAGCUACUUAAUUAACCAUCACUCAAAGAUAAAAGACUCUGAUGUUGCUGCCAUGUGCCACACUCACACCCAGAGCAGACGAAAAACUCAGCUCAUUGAAGACUUCUCGUCAACUUUCUGCCCUCUGAUUGAGGAAACUUUCAGUGACUUUCCUCCAAGACUCACAGAGCUCCACUUCCCCCAUCGCCACAGUGUGUCUGCACGCACCCUGCCUUCAUCCAGCAGCAACUUCCUCAUCCUCUCACAGGACUGGCUGCACUGUCAGUAAGGUUCAUUCACAAAUGUCUACCUCACGAUUAAAAGACCCCUCUCCAACACUGCGACCCUGAACAGGAUACAAAAUGACCUCAAGCAUCGACCGGGAUGACAGCAGUAUCUUUGAUGGGUUAAUGGAAGAAGAUGAAAAGGACAAAGCAAAACGUGUGUCCCGUAACAAGUCUGAGAAGAAACGCAGAGACCAGUUCAAUGUCCUCAUCAAGGAACUGGGCACCAUGUUGCCGGGCAACACCCGCAAGAUGGACAAGUCCACUAUUUUGCAGAAGAGCAUUGACUUUCUGCACAAACACAAAGAAAUUGCUGCUCAGUCGGAGUCGACCGAGAUCAGACAAGACUGGAAGCCUCCUUUUCUUAGUAAUGAAGAGUUCACUCAGCUGAUGUUGGAGGCAUUAGAUGGAUUUUUUCUUGCAAUCAUGACUAAUGGGAAUAUAAUCUAUGCCUCUGAGAGUGUGACAUCCCUACUAGAACACUUACCUUCUGAUCUUGUGGAUCAGAAUCUGUUGAACUUCCUGCCUAUGGGUGAGCAUUCAGAUGUGUACAAGGCUCUGUCCUCUCAUAUCAUGGAAGGAGAGACGCUGACACCCGAAUAUCUGAAAACAAAAAAUCAGCUAGAGUUUUGUUGCCACAUGCUCCGAGGGACAAUCGACCCCAAAGAGGCCCCCGUGUACGAAUAUGUCAAGUUCAUCGGAAACUUCAAGUCCCUGAAUAAUGUGCCUAACUGUACCCGAAAUGGUUUCGAAGGAGUGAUCCAGCGAUCGCUUCACUCUGCCUUUGAAGACAGAGUGUGUCUCAUAGCAACUGUAAGGCUCGCCAAACCACAGUUUAUCAAGGAGAUGUGCACUGUAGAGGAGCCUAAUGAGGAAUUCACCUCCAGACAUAGUUUAGAGUGGAAAUUUCUCUUCUUGGACCACAGGGCUCCACCCAUCAUAGGUUACCUCCCCUUUGAGGUCCUGGGUACUUCAGGAUAUGACUAUUACCACGUAGAUGACCUGGAAACGUUGGCCAAAUGCCACGAACACUUAAUGCAGUACGGCAAAGGAAAGUCGUGCUACUACAGAUUCCUCACCAAAGGGCAGCAGUGGAUUUGGCUUCAGACCCAUUACUACAUCACCUACCACCAGUGGAACUCCAGACCAGAGUUUAUUGUCUGCACACACACAGUUGUGAGUUAUGCCGAAGUUAGAGCAGAACAGCGCAGAGAGCUGGGAAUUGAAGAAUCACAACCUGAGAUCACAGCAGACAAGCAGUCCCAGGAUUCAGGCUCUGAGUCCCAGCUCAACACAUCCAGCCUGAAGGAGGCUCUGGAGCGCUUCAACCACAGCCGGACGCCCUCGGCCUCAUCUCGCAGCUCACGCAAAUCCUCACACACCGCUGUGUCUGACCCAGCCUCGUCACAGAUGAAGCUUCAGGGAGAUAGGAGUACACCGGGUCGCCAGUCUGUCUCUGCUGUGGAGAUGACAUCACAGCGAAGAUCGUCUAUCAGCAGUCAGCAGUCGAUGAGCUCCCAAAAUACAGGACAGAACAUGGCUCCAUCCAUGGUUUCACAACAGCAACAACAACAACAACAGCAGCAACAGCAGCAGCAGCAACAACAACAGCAGCAGCAACAACAACAACAACAACAACAACAACAACAACAACCGCAGCCUCAACAGCAGCAACAAGUACAGACCAGCAACCAAUCAAUGGUGCAGUUCUCCAACCAGCUAGAAGCCAUGCAGAACCUGAAAGAUCAGCUGGAGCAGAGGACCAGGAUGAUCGAGGCCAACAUUCAGCGGCAGCAGGAUGAGCUUCGGCAGAUCCAGGACGAGCUGCAGAGAGUUCAGGGGCAGAGCCUGCAGAUGUUCGUGCAGAAAGGAGCAGGAGGACUAAAUCUGGGCUCUGUUCAGAUGGCUCAAGGGAACGCGGUGCAGCAGGGAGGAACACUCAGCAUGCAGGGCCAGGUGGUCUCUGCAGGGCCUCUACAGAACAGCAUACAGCAACAACAUGCUGUCCAGCCUCAGCAACAAACACUCCUGCGGGAACAGAGCACAGCGCUCUCACAGUCUCAGCGGUCGUCUCUCACUCUGCAGCCUCAACAAAACCCACUGCCUGCGUCUCUCUACAACACAAUGAUGAUCCCUCAGCAAAGCCCCGCUAACGUGGUCCAGAUUGCAACAAGUCUGGCUCAGAAUACUGGACCCAACACUCCUGCUGUGGCGACAUUUGCACAAGACCGUUCAGCUCAGAUUAGGUUUCCUGCCAGUCCUCAGCUGCUCACCAAGCUAGUGACGGGACAGAUGGCCUGCGGAGCAGUCAUGGUCCCCACAACCAUGUUUAUGGGCCAAGUGGUGACUGCCUUCGCUCCCCAGCAAGGCCAGACCCAGACCAUCAGCAUUUCUCAGCAGCCGCCUCAGCAGCAGCAGGAGCAGCAGGUACAGCAGCAAUCACAGGUCACAGCCAUGCAGCCGGGGCAGGCCCAGCAGCAAACACAGUUCCUACAGGCUCCUAGACUUCUUCAUGGAAACCAGUCCACCCAAUUGAUCCUGCAGGCAGCGUUCCCUUUGCAGCAGCAGGGUACCUUUACUGCCACAACACAACAGCAGCAACAACAGUUACAACAGCAACAACAGUUACAACAACAACAGCAACAGAAGCAGUUACAACAGCAGAAACAGCAACUUCAGCAACAGCAGCAGCAACAGCAGCAGCUGGCCCCUCACAGGGCGGACAGUUUGUCUGAGCGCUCUGCUACGCAGCCACAGUAGCUCUUGAUGAGAUGAGACCAAUCAGAGGCGGAGUUAGCCAAACCCGAGUGCAGGUGUCUUUGUGACAAGGGUCUGAAGAGGCGUUAUCUCAAAGUGCAGCACUGAGUGCCUGGAUCAGAGGCUGAGAUGUGAUUGGAUGGGCAGGCCGUGGCUUCCCUCCCCUCACAAGGAUCUUUUGCUGUUUGCACUUAACUCCUGAGCACAGAGUGCUGCGGAGAACCAGGACGGGCCUCACUGUGGCUCUCUGGCACUGGGCUUUGGCUCAAAGACGAAGCCCUUUCUCCAAGAAAACAGGGAGCAACAAUCCCUAUAAUGGACUCCCCCUCACACCCUCCCUGGCCCUCUCGCUGUGUGUUCAGUGUGUGUGUGUGUGUGUGUUUACUGUGUGUGUGUGCUCCAGUCACCCUCACAGGAUUAUUUUAUGCAGAGCUCUCUGGUUAAUUAAGUUAACGCAGCGAAGCUGCCAUCAAGCUUCAAGGACGUCCUGCAGAAAAACCAGAGGCCUGUUUGUUUUGGAUGUUUUCUCCUAUUCUUGUUUUUCGUGUAAAAAUAAUUAUGGGUCAGAAAAUAUUUUUAAGAAUGUGGUGUAGAUUGAACUUUUACUGUACAGAACAUCAUAUGUAAUAUAUUAUGUAAAUAUUAUGAAAAAGAAAGAACUAAUAUUUUAUAUGAUGCAUGAAAUGAAAUGCGUAAUCUGUUCUUUGCAGCUUUGAAUAUGCUUUUUUUCUUAAGAAAAAAAGAUCUUAAAAAUGCUCAGUGGCUGAUAUUUUCACAGACUUCCUUUCUCCUAGGGGAUGUGUUUGUGUGUCUGCAUAGCAGACAAUGCCAAUGCUGCUUGUUGUGUCACAGUUUGUUUAAUCCUUGGCCCAUAUUUUCACAGAAUUUCAUAAAAUUGUCAAAACAAUAGACUUUUAAAGUAUUUUUAAGCUUUUUAAAAUGUGCUUUACUGUAAGUCUGCACACUAAAGACUAAAUUGAGCUUGAGUUGAAUAUUGUGAAUGAACUAAAGACUACUAAGGUCAAGCUUAAAGGUAUGCAACAGUACAAAUAGCCAGCAUAAUCGUUCAUAUUCUUCACAUGUAGAACUUCUGCUGAAAUCCCUCCAUUUCAGAGGCAUCCAUGAUGUCGUUAUGACUCCCGAGCAGACUUUAUUCAAUAUAUAGAUAUUUAUUAAACCUUAAAAUAUGUAUAACAGACCUGCAUAUCUGUGGCUAAUAUUCUCAGACUUAGCUUGAGUGAAAUGAUUUGUGUUAGCUAAUCAAACAAUGCCCUCUUUGGCAGUCUGGUCAUCCAUCCAGUCUUCAGACGCUUAUCUGGGUCAACAGGGUAAAAAGAGCAGCACAGACGGGCUCUUCCCAGGCGUCCUCGCAGAGGUUCCCUCAUAUCUCUUAACUCCUUGCACUAUCUGGAGGAGAGACCAGUCACCCCAGAGACUCCAUUUAGCUUCCUUCUAUCCGUAACCUUGUUUUGUGACCAGUGUUAAGUGGUUUGAAGUUUGUCUCGUGAGAAGUUCUGGUUCCCUGUCAUGUUUUGAGAAAUCAGAUUCACCCUCAGAAAAUUAAACCUCUUGUAAUUUUCUGCAUGUUCACUCACCCUCUGUAAAACCUCCAAUAAUUUGUUUUCGGCCAUGAGGCAGCAGCGGAAACCAGCUGUGAACACCAGUCUGGCUGAAAGGAUGUAGACUGUGGAGAUGAAGCUUGUCAUCAGCCGCCUAUUUCAGGCGGUUACACUCUUAGUGCGUGUUACUGUUUUCAAAAUCCCCAUUACCACGUGAACGUAGUCUUUUAUAGUCAGAUCUAUCUUCACACUCAGCGAUGUGUGCGAAACAUCAACAAUUUCGGAGCUGAAACGUCUUUUUUAUGCAGAGGUUUUUUUCUGUUGUUUGCGUUUCUUUGCAAGGAUUUUGCCAUUUUAAGUUCUCUCCUAACACUAUUUUGCAAGAGCACUGUUGUCUCAUCCUGUUUUUCCCCUCAUACCACCGACAAAAAACAGGUUUCAUUCUGAUCUUUGCAACUAAUUUCGAGCCGUUCAGAGAAUUUCAACUAAAAAGAAAUGAGUCUGAACCCAAAAAAUUGGUUCCCUUUUGGAACCAAAAAAAGCAGGUUUUUCUUGAUCUGAAUCGUGAACUGUAAUGACAUCAGUGGUCGUGUCAUAUUCUAAUGAGAGUGUGAAGUCUUGCGUGGAACAAUCUUAUCAUUAAUAGUUGGUCCGUGGUUAUUUUUGGGAUAAUGACAAAUAUUUUUAACUAGUAGCAGCUCAAAGUUAAUAAAUACAGUCUGCCAUCUUGCUACUACUUCUGCUACUUUCAUUGUGCUUUGUGCAACACCCUUUGUUGAUGACGUAUCCUUGACUACAAUGGCUCCACUCAACACUGGUUUGCUAGAAAGCACCAUUUCAUUUGCUGGAAAAAGGUUAUUUGUGCAGAAUUAUGAUGGGUAGGCCAGACCUGCCUCCGGCGCUGGCACAGCCUGAGAUAAGUGUGGCUGCGUUGCACUCAGUAUUUUCACCUGUGACACAAAGAGUUGCCUGUUUACACGUCCAGCAGAUUCAGAGCAGCGAUAUUGUUCUUUCAGAGUCCGUAAUUAUUUGCAAACAGAUUCUGUCUUAAAUUGCAGUUGAUAUAUAUUCAAUAGUUGGAACUCAUCUAUUUUAUUUUGUACAGUUUAAAAAGGGGACCACCAUCGUAAGUCUGGAAUGAAAAGCACUGAUAUCAAACUAAUGACACUGAGGAGAUUACAAUCUCUCUGCAGUCGCAGACCCCCUCUACACUUUCUGGGUUAGCAGGCGUGCCUGGCAGCCUCCUCACCAUCUGAUCAAAUUCACGGUCAGAUGGUGUCGCACUGAUGGGUCAGCCCAUUCUUCAUCUGUGUGCAGUGACGGGCUGAGAGCGACACAUGGCCACUGGCCUGCUGAAAUAAAUUUGGUCAGUUUUUGACCCGAGUUGUCUGGUGCAGCGUGCAUCUCGUUAUGUUUGAGUAUGAUGUCCACGAUGGGGAAACCAGUUUAGCAGAGAAAUCCAGUAACUUGAGAUCAUCACAUCUAACGGCUGCUGUUUCCACUGCGACCCGCCCUGAAACCCAGCUCAGUUUGUGUGUUUGAACAUGUGGAAAAUUGAUAUUGAUAAGAUCUUUUCUCCAUCAUAACUGCCUUGACAUUAUGAUGCUUCAGUUUAAAGUCUUGAUCUGUUACAAGUGUUAGUUAGUAAGAUUUACACUUUGUUAGGAGAUUAUCGCCCCUGUUGUGUAUUUAAAGUUCCUGUCACUCAUUUCAGAGCACAACAUAUUUAUAUAAUUAGUCUUUUUUUUAAAUGGUUGUCAAGUUGCCUUUGUUAGCUUAAGUUGUCAUUUCAUAUCUGAGUAGUUAUUUUAUGAAACAGGCCUGUGUGGAGUGUGUAGUUCCCUCUGGAGCUGUUGUCAGACUACAUAAUACUCAGUCACAUUCAGCGUCAGUGUUGCUUAGUGUUGGCCACUUAAUUCAUUCACUCGUUUAUUUUUCAGAUUGCAGUUAAGACAUUUAAGGGACUGUACAAAAAUUAUUGAGAUAGGGAGAGGGGCUAAAUCUUAUGUUUGACUUUUUGAAAAAAAAAAAAAAAAAAAAAAAAAACAAGACCUCCUCCAAGGUUAUUAUUAUAU